CAAGUGCGUCUGUGUGAAUUUUUGGCCGUACUAGGUAGGUUGCCUGAAUAGAUGCUUAACUGUAUACUCACGAUGCUGCAGUGGCAAUGUGUUUGCCUAUUAAGCUUAGGAACAUGCGGUGGUCUAAGUUCGAAAGUAAGCAUAGUUGCAGCUUGUUUUGAGUUGGAAGGGCAAUGUUGAAGCGUGAAGCAAUGUCAAACUGCAGUAUUGUACGUAAAACUCGAUACAUGAGUAUUUCGCUGUGAGUUACCAACCGCAAAGUAGCUAAUUCUCUGCCAUUACUUCGUCAUGCCGUACAUGCCUUUGAUAAGGCGACCGCCAAAGAUUCCUCAGCCAAAGAUUUGCUCAUCCAUUUGAGCUACCACUCCUAAGCAACCAGUUUCGAGUGGACGUUUUUAUUUAUGUCAGAAAAGUGCAUCGGUAGUUUUACUGUAACAGAAGUAGAAGUUACGGCUCAGAAAGUAUUUUCGUAAUCACCACUUCUUUGGUUCAGGUAUCAAACAAAUGUGCUUUCUUAUUUUGCUCAAAUAUUUCUUUGUUUUGCUUGAAUUGGGCGUUUAGCAGUAACCAGCACCAAUUCCGACACCUACGAGCCGUGGAUACUGGGGUUAGCCUUUUAGCUACAGAUCUACAGAGUAUAUACUAUCUACCAUUAUUAUAUUGAUUUAUUCUAGUGCGUAUCCGUCGUAUUUUCCAUAAUAUUUGAAGUGGGUCUAUAAGUCGAUUUUUGUUUGAAUUCCAACUCAGUGGUAUUAAGGUGCCUAACAUACAUCAGGUGUAUGAUACUUCAGCCAACGACUAAAUUUAUGGGUGAUAAAAUUCUGCGUAGGUACAGUACAGUAUAACAGAGUUUCAUUUUGGCCACUUUUUUUUCUGGCACACAGUUCCCUGCAUAGACGCAAUUUUAGUCAACUAAACGUGCCUUGGAGAUAUCUAAGCGGCAAACAUGAAUUAAAUAAAAAAAAUUAUCUUUUCAGUUAAUCCGCAGCCUGAUAAUUUUUUUUCGAGACUAACACCAUACUAGAGGUUCAUGCACUUUCUAAAAAUCUCUAUAUACGUAAAAUUAUAGAAACAUAGUUAUAACCAAAUAAAAACUUUCAGUUUUAACAUAACACACAUUAGUCACAUAACACACAAAACAAUUAUAGAAACAUAGUUAUAACCAAAUAAAAGCUUUCAGUUUUAAUAUAACACACAUUAGUCACAUGACACAAAAAAAUAAAAAGAAUCUAAAUAAAUCUGCCACAAAACACUGCCAGUAACGAACCAAAGUCUGAUGUUUUCGUAAGGAAUAUAGCAGAGGCAAUUAAAAGAAAAAUUUUUGAAAAAAGAUAUGUAUUAUAAAAAGGUAGGUAAGAAAAAAGAUAAAGAAGUCCUCAGUUUACAGGAAAAUGGCCUGAAAAUGUAGAAAAAAUUGAUUUCAUACUUAGAGAAAAAGCAUAUAUUUUUUAUUUGCAAAAUAAAUAAAGAACCAGCAGGAAACACCUCACAAACCUGAGUGUUACAAAAAAAAAAUUAGGAUGGUAUGGAUAAUCUCCAUGUUUGUUAUAACAUCGUAAACUUCGUUUUCUUUAAUUGAACUCUGCCUUAGCCCUCACUAUACAUAAUAUUUUUCAAACAGUGCUAGUUUGUUAAACUUUCUUUCUGCCACUAGUAACUUCUACUCUCCAAAUUAAAAAAUCAGAAUUAGCAUAACAUAAAAAAUGGGGUUUACAAAACUUUUACUUACUACAAAACUCAAAAACUACUCCAUAAAUGCUUUUUACUUAUUUAGAAUCUAGCUUUUGAGAACUUAUGUACGAAGUUUAAUAUCCUUUGCUAUAUUAUUGGCAGCAAAGUGUAACCGCAGUGCCCGCUAGCAAAAUUUAUUGCUCAUUCCGUACACUUUAUUCUUGCAACUCCAUCCCAAACUCAUUAAAGCAAUGUAGCGGCACAUUCAGUAGCACAUUCGUAGAGACGAUCAGAUGCGCAUAAGAUUCAGCUGUAUAAUAAUGGGGACGAUGAACAUAUUCAAAUGCUCGCGGGUCGCCAUCUUGUUUACAACGGCCAUUUUACCUACUGCUGUUGAUGGUUGUGUGCCUGUGUGUUGGGUGUCCACGGUCUUACUUUCUUGACUAUCCUAGGCAGAAGCGUAUAGGCCCUUGCGGAGACAACUGGCUGUGAUUAGCGCUUGCUUGGUGUCCUGGUGGCUAGUGUUGUGUGGAAGUGGGCGCCGCCUAGAAGUCUGACUGAUUGACUCUUAAAGGGCGAUUGCGUGUGUUUCAGUGUCUUGCUGUCAUCGCCUGUGAGAAAACUUCAGUUUAGGCAUCGCCCGUUGCCGUUGAAUCCUGCCUAACGACGAUCGGUUGCAGGAAGCACGCACAGGCCUACAACGCGUUCAUCUGCGCUUUAGGCAGAAGCUGUGCACAGCAGAGCGAGCGUAAACGAAAAGCAACCAGCCCUUUGGCACGCUAAAGCUCAGCGAUCUAGACACCUCGUGAGACUAGAACAUUAAGUUCCCUCAACGUACGCCAACAAAGCCGUCAACUGCCGCCGAACAAAUUUACCGGGAGGAGCGACUAUUAAGUGAUCUAACAACCCACAGCUGGGCAGCCAUCUUGCUGCUUGGACAAGAGUGAGUGUUUGUCUGUUUGUGCUAUUUUAUAUGCUAGAAAGGCACUUCACAGCUGAAAAUCCACAACCGAUCCCUUAAAUUAGUGCAAUUAGCCGAUGAGACAAGGCAAGGCUGGAUUGUUCCACGGCAAAUUUGGCUUUUGUCGUGAACGCGUGCUUAUACGCAUUGGAUGCACGUCGUCUUGCCGUCGACGGUCGAAGUAAGCGACAGCGCUUGCAGCGAAAACCAGCUUCCCCCGCAUUAUCAAGCGCCCAACAAUAACAGUAGCUUCUGGCCGACCCGAGCGUGAGUGCAUAACGAAAACGAAGACUGCUUUUUUAGUGUGUUGUGCGUCCAGGUGCUUGGUGGAAUCAAGAAAAGCCUAACUGGGAGAAGAAAAGACUUAAGGCUCGACUGUGACUAUCUCCUUGCUGAAGAUUGCUCUCCGGAUUCGCUAUUGGUUUCGCCCGUCACGCAUUGGUCGCAAGCAUUGUUCUGCUACUACGACAGCCAUUCGCGUGCGGGUUGUGCGUUGUGCUGUGAAGUGGUUGUGGUCGCGGUGAAUUGUGUUGCGCCCGUAUUAAAAUUUCUUGCAUUGCAUCUAGGUGCUGUUGCUGCUUAGUUGGUUUCUUAAGCACAGUACAAUGGCGUGCGCCACUCUAAAGCGACACCUCGAGUGGGAUCCUCUUGGGGCAGGGCCCCAUGCGAUGAGCCCUAGGCCAGCAAAACGUGCCCGACGAAUCAUGGCCGGUAGUUCCUUGGCAAUGGGGUCUUCGAGGCAACAAUAUCUUGACCGGCAGCAAGCCAUGACGCCGUCGGCGUUCCAGGACGCUGCACCUAAGCUCACAAGUGAACUGAUUGCAAGUUCCGUAUGCAACGAAGUACGCCGAUUACAGAAACGAAAGCAACUUCCUUUUGGUCAGAUCUGCGAUUCAAACUCACCGCCUUCAUCGCCAACGAGUAGCGGAAACAGCGCAAGCUCUUCUGCCGCAGUAGCGGGUUUAUCUGGAAGCAGUUCGUCUACCUGUCCACUCUUCACCUUUAAACAGGUCAACCUGAUCUGUGAACGAAUGCUUCGCGAGCGUGAAGACGAACUCCGUCAGCAUUACGACCGCGUACUCAAUGACAAGUUGGCUGAACAGUAUGACGCCUUUGUCCGCUUCACGCAGGAUCAGAUCCAUCGACGAUUUGCAGACGACCGCGCCGGGGCUCCGUCAUACUGCUCGUAGAUAGCCAAAGACGCAAGAAGCGGCUCGCGCAAAUUGUACUCUCCCAAACUCGCUUUGCCUUCCUGCCUAUCUCGUUAUUAUGUCGGUAGUGUGCCGUGAUCCUAGAGAACCUCGACGUCAGUUUUUCAAUAAUUAAUGGCACAACACGCAUGUGAGGUCUCGAAUGGGAAAAAGAGUUUUCGCUUUUUGUCUUUAUGGUUUUGUGUGUACGGAAAAGGCUGGCGAAUCUGCUAUCUUUCAUCAACCUGAGUGUAACACAGGAUAAAUUACUAAUUGUUGCCUUAGAUACAAUGCGAAUGACAAAUAAUUGCGCGAAAAGGCCAAGUCACGAGGUCCGUGGGGAUAGUCUCCUUUAUGCAUAAAUAGAGUACAGAAUUUAAUUUGAAAGAUUAGCAACGCGAAAAUUGCUUGAAGGACGCGUUGUCUGACCAGCGGUUUGAUAUGUCAUUAAAAGUAAAAGAAAACAAAGAGAAAAAAAUGAAACAAUCCUGAUAUUUCAUGAGGCAUUAUGAGCAGGAAGAAGCAACUGGAAAAAAAGAGCAACAGCCGAUGACGGGAAAUCGGUGUCAUAAAGGACGACGAGAUUUUUCGAGGAAGAGCGCGAUUCUAAGAAAAAUAGUACUGUAUACUCCACCAUAGCAUACAGACAAACAUGGACAAAUUACGCGCAUGCAAUGGGACAAGCCUAGAUCAAGAACUAGCAGAAUCGAAUAUCUAUUAAGAAAAGUAAUCAUAAGAAAAAUGGUAGAUAAUUGUCGCAUGUAUAAAAAACGGAUGAAGAUCCAUAUGAUGAAGUCAUUUCUUCAGCAUCUCAACGAAUGUGGAGUGCUUAGCCGUGAUGGCAGAAAGGGGCUUGGUUAGUUGUACUGUUAAUAAUAGUUACUGUCUAUGAGGAAGAAUUGAGUACAAUAUCUAUAUAGAUUUGAAUAUAUAUGCCACCAUCAUAUGCCUCACAAAUGAGUGACGGGUACGUCGGCUGGUUGUGGUUAAAGAGGGAGUAUGCCGGCAUGUGACACCAUAAAAGGGCGAAAGUGAUUUUUUUAAAAGAAUUUAUUAAAACUAACAGAAGAUCGUUGUCAGAAAGACCGCCCUAGUGGGCUGUGAGGUCGAUCGAUCGCAAAAGUAUCAAUGGCAGUACAACUGAACGACCCGGGAAAUGGGUUUCUUCGUCACACAUACUAUUGUUUAUAAGAUCGGACACCAUUUGUGGGCUCUGUCUGGCUAAGAUACGAUGGGAUAUUCUAAGAUAAUGUGUUUCACAAUUCAAGAUAGCAUCAGUCACGCAGCAUCGGUAGAGGAAAAUGAAGUUGGGGCUUCCUUUUGUUUAGGUCGAUUCUUCAAAAGUCAUGGGUUCAGGGCAAACUUGUAAUCCAAAUUUUGAUGAGAAAAUCGGAAACAAUUGGCUGAAGUGUCUGAAAUCAUAAUUAUGCUGCUUCUAAAAGUAAAUUUAGACCGGGGCGAUAAUUAAGCUCAAUUAAUAGGUAUUUGUACCAUUUGUCGAACGUGGUUGGCAUUUCAUUUUCUGUUAUUAGUUACUAAAGUAGAGACGCAGUGCUAGUAUUACAAAACAAAGCAAAAGAUUAAAGGUUCAUUCAAUUCAGUAAGAAAUAAAUAGGACAAGGAAGACAAGAACACAAACGCGGGAGGUACACAUGCGUCACAUACGUUGGAACUGCUGACGCUGCCAUAUUUAAGUGGCGUAUUUGCUGUUAUCUACGAAGAUGAAAAGAGCAUUAUACUAAAUAUAUAUAAAUAUAUAAAUAAGAAAUAGAUAAGGAUUCGUAAAUAGAUUCGUAAAUAUUUAGGCUGGAGUAUGUGAAUUGAAUAGGAGAGGUAACAUUUAAAAACGUGCAGAAAGCAAGCAAAGAAGAGGAACCAGUGGGCUGCGAGCAAGAGAGUAGUGUCAAAUAGGCAUGAUGAAGAAUUGAUAAUGUUAACGAGGAUUUAAUUACGAAGUUCGAAGUGUGUGCGUGUGUGACUGGGCGUACGUCUAUUGGUCGAAAAAUGGAGGAUCAUUGUAGACAGAUAUCUUUAUUUCCAUUAUUAUUAAUUAGUUCAAUAAUUUUGACGAAGAGAGUACAGAAAACAACCGUUGACGAUUGAUUCGUAGGGUUACGACAAUUAAUGCAAAGGAUGGAUAAUAUUGACAAAAACACAUGUUUAUUAUUAUAAUGACGAUAUGAUCACGUAAAUAGUGUACUGGCCAAAUAAAAGCUGAAGCCGGGACCCAUUUUAUUUUGUAAUACAAGAUGAGCUGCUACAAUCACUGUUAUUAAUGACAUAUUAUCAAAACCAACAAAGCAGUAACAAUAAAGUAAUUACAGUAAUAACAAAAUGAAAGUAACCAUCGUUAAUGUGUUAAAAAAAAAGGAGUCAAAAUGACGAGUUAUCCUCGAUGAAUCUGCAUUUCGCCUGUUAGUUACAAUAGGAACUGGAAAGCAUUCAACAAAUGACGAAUAGAUUUGGCGUAAAUCGCAUAUAUAGCGUAUCUUUACGCGCGGUAGACGUCUUGUGUAGUUUAUUAAUGUUAUGCGCAUCCCCGUAAAUUCUAAAUGGCUUGAUUAUCAACAGAUAAGGUACGCACACCAUUGACGGUAUGUGCGAAUAAGUUUUUACAAACAGCGUGGAACGUCCUCCUCAACAACGUUAGCAACCCUAAGAAACUUGCAUAAGUUUUCAAUAAAACAACAUGAAAAAUGGGUACGAUAUGAAAAAAUCCAUGACUUUUGUAUUAAAAUCGCUGUUAUUUGGAAGAAAAGCAGCAAACUACGAUGCAGUAACAGAGUCAGCAUUAGUUCAGUUUUUAAAUAUUAUUAUUAAUCACUAUCCCCUGUAUAACAGUCAUAAUAGCUUAUUUGUUUUCUAUACAUAUUUCCUAUAUAUUACCAUUUCUGCGAGUGAAUUACGGUUGAGUGUCGUUGUGCGUGUAUGAAUGCGUGUACAGAUAAACGAGAGCGCGUCUGUAGUUAGGCACGAAUAAAAUACGCUGGAGAAAGCAGCCAACCUAGCAAUUAUAUACAAACAGAUAACAUGAACGUAUAUAAAAACAGAAAUAUAAAGUCAAAUUUAGGACCACAACGAACAAUAAUCUAUCCGCGUAUACUGGAAACCUAUAGCUUCAUUUCACUCUUUUUUUUGUCAUAAGAUUAAACUGAACAUUUGCCUUACGUUUGUGCUUCCCUCUCCAUUUCCGCCUGCUCGAUUUUAACUAUAAUAUCUAAUUAGAGAAAAAUAUCUGCCGCUAUUAAGCAGGUGUAGUAAUUAAGUUCUGUUUUAAGCAUAACGUUAAGUCCUUUGUUUACUCCCGUAUCUAAUUAAUAUACGAUGUGAUAUAUGCAUAAGAAAAUGGGCGUAAGAUAAGAAUGAAAAUUAGGCGUAGGAGAAUAAACAACCACCAUAUGCAGACAAUAGGGGAAUACCUUCUUUCCACAAAGGAGGUAUUAACCAGUGCUAAAGAUCAUUUAGUGAAAAAUGCGCAGUCUUUUGACGAUAGUUAAAAAACAGUCAAUAUGAAACAAAGAAUAGAAUUUUGAUUAGCGUUGUUGCACACUAAGCAUACGUUAAAAUACUGCAAUUACAUUUCUUUAAAUUAUUUUUCAUCUGUUGUUUGCUCUCCUAUGCCAAAUUUUAAAAGGGAAUUAUAAUGAAUAAAAUCCGUCAACAGUUACAUCGAUAUCAGACGCGAGAGCACCAAUCGCUUAGCUGAACACCAAUCUAGUAGCUUCUGAUAAAAAGGAAGCUAAUCGGGGAUCUUUGUUGCCAUUCCAAUAAUUAGCAUCCAUCUACAAAAAUAAGAGUUAAUUUAAAAAUCUCGUCAGUCCCCAACUAAUCCAUUAUAGAUAAGAAAAAUUGCGAUAAUGGUAUUUAGCAGUUGCUCCGUGGUUGUUAUCGAGCUGUUGAUGUUUACCAAUGCUAAUCCCAUUGAAAAUAUACGAAGAGUAUAUAUCAAAUAAUAGUAACGGUAGUUGACCUGCAGGUAUGAGACCGUUUCUGCUGUCAUAGCGGAAGCCGAUCGAAAAAUGUAAUGUAUAUAGUGGCUGAUUAAUAUUAUCAUGGUUAAACAAACUCGUAUUAGGAAAUAAAAAAUACGAAAUCGAAAACGACGCGAUCUUAAUAACUAACAGAACUAGUAGGUGACAACAAACUGAAUUAGAUGCAACGCGUAAACAUACAUGAGCAGCAGUAAACCGCAAAGCGGCAUUGUGUCGGAGAAAAUUACACUAUGAAUAGUUACACAGAAUUAUCAUUAUUAUUAUUAUACGAAUGAGUGUCAUCAACUAAUAGAGGUUUUAGCAGUUCGGCAUAUAAUUUCUAUAUUAUAUUUCAAAACAAAAAAAAACGACAGUGACUCAUCAGUGGACAGUGCAAACGAGAUUGAGAACUAUCGAUUACGUCAAUAAUUCUAAAAAUAUGGGAUAAAUAUUUAGAGUUAAUCGAUGAUCAACAAGAGAGGACGAUGUAGGUAAUGUUAGGACCGUAUGCGAUGGAUACAACAAAUAAAGGAUAUAAGCGCAAUCACGCCCCUGAUAACAAAAACACUUUGUUAGUUUUGCAGCGUUCGAAGAAAAGAUAUCCCUGGCAAGCUUAAUUAUAAGCAACAAAUUUUCUUACAAAGAGAAACAUUGGGCUAAUUGAAUUACCACGAGUGAUGUCGAUCGCCGAAAUACAAAACCCGGUGGAUCUUAUGUAAAGGAAAUCAAAUAGCUAUUAUAAGCCCACGUUAGCGAGAGCCUAUACCCAACUACAACAACACUGCGAAGCACAAUGGCGUCAAAGGUAGAACCACCAUUCAAUAGUGUUAUUAUCAAAAAAUAAAUAAUAGAAACUGUGGUGAGAAAAGUCUUUUUGCCAUCUGUUCUGAGAAGGAUGAACGCUAAAAAAAUAAUGCGAUGAAUGAGUUGAAGUAACCUAUAGUCUAAUCGCAAUGAUGUAUUGGCAAAAGAUGGUAAUGGCGAUGAUGACUAUUGAUAAUAAAGAUAAAUGACAAAAAUAAAAACAUUGUCUACUGCACUUGUAAGCUUGUGAGAGUGUUAUUUGGAACAUUUGUUUACUAGUUUAAAGAAUGAUAAUUUUUACCGUACAAACC